UCUAGUGCCGUCGAGUAGGACGGACGUGGAAGGUCUUGCAGUCGUGGGCCCUAUCAGCCAGUUCUCAUAGGUGUUGUUUGGAGAAAUCCCCAAGCGGAAGAGUGUGUCCCAGCGAAAGCCGCCUCGGAGAGCAGGCGAUAAUAUUAAAGGCAGACGAGGAAGAAAAGCAAGGAAGCAAGAAGGUUGUGAUCUGAAGAAAUUAAAAGCAACUCUUAAAAAUUUCUUCCAAUCUCUUGUGGUCCGUCGGUGUGUAGUGUGACUCUCGAGCCUUGGAUGGUGCGGCUAAGUGUGAGUUAGGGAAACGGUGGACACACAUUCAGCGGGUGAAAGAAAGUACGUUAAGCUCCCCUUCUUCGGUCCGGGGCUUAGAGUGGUGCAUUUCCAAACCCAGUAGAUGGAGAGUGAGAGAUGAAAUCGUGGCAUUGCAGGUUUUAUUUUAAUGGAAAAUAAAAUAUUGGUUAUUUGUGUGUCAGUUAGUUGAUAACUAUUCAAACGAAAUCUUUCUUUUAUUGGCACGACAAACUGAUGAAUUUCAGAUAAGUUUUCAAAAAAUAAAUGUACGCAAACCAAGUGGGAGGUGAAAUCGAGUCGUUCAAUAGCGAUCGCAAAAUGCUGAUUGGAAAGGACUAAACGAAUUAACAUUAAUAAAUUAUCGUUUCUCGUUGAAAUUUAAAUUCGUCAUUUAAAUAUCUGGAAGAGACAGUUCCGUAAAAGCAUCAACAUCCCGGUUUGAAGUAAAAGCGAAAUUAUAAACAGGAAGUGCUAACUAGUAACGACGAAACUCGUGCAAGUGGGAAAGGCAGUGAAAGCCUAUCCUCCUAUCAAUCGUCUCCGAAGAAAUCGAAAACGCACCACACUGAAGAAAACAAGUUGACCGAGAAAACAAGAACAGGUUCGCCGCUUGCUGCUGGAUGACAAAUUAAAGUCUAUCUCUCUGUGUGUGCCGCGUUUCGCUUGGGUGAAUCGGUGCAAACAGACCUACCUACUGCCUACCGUAGACAUUGAGCCGUGCAGGGCAGUUGGUCAAGCGUAAGACCUGGAGAUUUCCCCUUUUCGGGUGAAAAGAAACGUCCAUCGACCGCUAACGACAUCUUCACACUAGGCGGCGGAUUACAUAUUGAGCUGGAAUCGCGAUCCGAAGAAACCUUGUAAAGGUAUACCAUUCCACUGCCGAUCAUCUUACACUGACUUGUGGUGGAAUUUCAAGAAAACGGCGAAACAUUGGUCUUGAAGGAUCAUUGACAUCACAGGAUGGGAGAGAGAAAUCGGCUGCUGCCGAUAAGUGUCGCAGUAUGUUUGGUAUUGUAUGCGACAGCAUCAGUAAACGCCUUCAAUUUCGAUGAUGACUUGGAAGAUCUGAUAGCUGAAGAAUCAAUCGCAGAUGAAGAAAUCUAUGGUGAUCCUAUUUUACCAUCAAAUGUCUUCAAUGGAGGAAAGCCCUUCUACGUUGAGCGUGAUCCUUCUACAGGAGCGAUUGAUUUCAAUCAUAAGAAAACUGUCAAUCAAAUUGACGUAGAUGAUAAAGGAACUUAUGAUACAAAGGACAGUCAUGUCAGUGACACAAAGGAUGUCAUCGUUAGCCAAUCAUCGCCUAAUUUCCACGAUUUCUUGAACCUGCCGGUAAAGUACUCCUCGUCGAACUUUGUGUAUCCUUUGAUAUCAAGUUCGUAUGCUAAUUUGAAAUACCAAGGUAGCAACAAAGUGUCGAAUCACAAGAAUGUAACUUCAACGCCUUCUACAACGACAGCAGCACCAAAAUUCCAAUUUACACGACCUCAGUACACAACUGCAAAGCUUGAGACCACACGAACUCAGUUGAGCACUACGACUUCUCAAGCGACUCAACCUUCUUCUCGCUAUACUUAUCCAACUACUUCUGGAAGACCAAUUACAACAACGACUACUACGACGACAACAGAAUUACCAAUAACAACUGUGCCAGCAAAACAGUUGUUCACCAGAUACCCUUACAAGAGUACCAUAAAGAACAAAUAUUUGGAAACGACAGAAAUGACUCGUAAAAAAUUCUUCCUACCAUCGACACUUUCUUUACCGACUACAACAACAACACAACGACCUCACAUCACCGAACUGCAAACAACUCCUAUUCGCUCUUCAACCUUCUAUUCACCUUCUAUUCGACCAUGGACUAGUCCAUCCUCUACUCAACCGGUCACUACUACCUCAGAAUCAAUCACCGAAUCCCGUCCUGCGAAUCCCAUUCGUUUUGAAGACCAUCCAUCGCAAACACUGCCGGAAGAGGAUACAGCUAAUAAAAUUAAAUUUACAAUACCAGCACUAAAAUACGAGGGCAAUCGUCCAGCACCAUUCAGACCACUGCCACCGAGUCAUAUUAUGCUGAACCGUAAAAAUGAAACCAGCAACAAAAUCGAUCUUCCAAACGAUCCGGCUGUAAUGUCCCUUUCCGAUAUAUUCAACUCUCUCGGCUUGGAUGACAAACAAGCUGCCGCUGAAGAGAAAGAGAACUCUAUUGUUUUUGAAACAACAAUCUCGCAAACAACAGAGCAAACAACACCACCCGCAAUUGUUCUUAUUCCAGAGCACAAACCAAUAAUAAACCAAGAAGGGCCGAAAAUUGAGCAAUCCAUUGAUCUGACAGAUCAGUACGUAAAGUAUGAUAUCCAACAAUCAAAUGGACAUCGUCCGCAGAAACCAAGCAACGAUCAAUACGACCAUUACGAAGUGUAUCAAUCAAAUGGACACAGACCACAAAGUCCUCCAAACGAUAAUAAUUUCAGUAAUCAAUACGUCAAGUAUGAAGUACAGCAACCACAAAUAAACUUAAUUAAAUAUGGAUCGGUUCCCAGCAUGAAUAGCGUAGUCAUCAGUCCAAAUCAGCAUUCGGCUACGUUUGUUUUGGGUUCUCAACAAUCGGUAGGAAGUUCAAACGAUGGACAUUUUGUUAGUACAGUCUCACAAGAACCUACAUCGGCCGCACUCAGUUCACAACCAGCUGGUUAUCAGAUGGGUCAGGUGCUGGACGAACCAAAUGAAAAUUCUAAUGUGCAAGUCGGCACAUCGGUGAAUGUUCAAGUUAAGCCUCAAGACAUUAUAAAGACCACCAGUGUGAGAUUCCCCAGUGAAAGUGACGACAAGUACGAAAAUGCACCUAUUAUCAGUGGAACUCAUAAGAGUGAAGUGUUGCCACCCAACGGACAUUCUGCCCCCAUUGGCGUGGGUUCAAAUGCUAUGGUCGUGUUUCCUAAAAAUGAUCAAAUUGAAAGUACUCUUCAUGAAGUAUCCAACAGGAUUGUUUUCGAUACACCAAAUAAUGAAGCAUUGAACAAAAACGAAAUUUCGAGCUUUACUCCAGAUUUACCAGAACAACUAACUCCUCCUUCAAAACAAGACAAUACCCAGCUUUUGAAACGUCCAAGACCUCCAAUGUCUGCGCAAGGACCACCUUUCAUUUACAAAGAAAUCCAACGUAGACCAUUCCCAGGUGGUGUUCGACCACCUCAGCUUCCUAAUAUUUUACCCCAAUUCCGACCAAAUGCAAAGAUAUCACAUGGCCAUCCCCCAUAUCACAAAGAAGCUGGUAAUUUCAGAAUUCCUCCACAACAACCUGGUAAAAAUCUUCCGCCUAAUGGGCCACCAAGAAAACCAUUCACUGACCCCGCAGCACAACUUCCUCCAACAUCUACUCUAGCGAUUCGCCGUUCUCCAGUCCCGACCAGAUUUAUGACUCGAAUGAAUUCCAUACGCCCUCCACCUCCCCCUCCUCAGCAAAUGGAAGUGCACAAUGAAAACCGGCGAUACUAUCGCCUGCCUCCUCCAAUGCUGAAGGAUCGCGUAUUCCACAUUGCUCCCCAAAACCUUAAACCACCACCACCACCAGGUCCAUCGCAAGCUUCCAGGUUUGCUGAGAGCUACGCUCCGCCAACACCCGAAAAAUCCUCCGUACCAAAUCGAAACCCCGAAGAAUCCCCCAAUAAUGAAUUUCAACGUGAUCCUCCAACUAUCCUAAAGAACACCAUGUCAGACGAUAAACCACAACGCCCCAAAUUGGAACCGGUGGUGACCCUGCAAAUGCUUCAAUCCAAAAAGCAAACUGAGCAGUCCAAACAUAAACUACCAUCGGGACAAAAAAUCGACCUAGCUAUUGAGGGACAACCACCAACUUCUUCCCCACAAGCGGCAAACAUCGAUGGAAAGCAACCGGUCUACGUUGUCUAUCCCGUCAAAAGUACCCCUAUGAAUCUGGACUCCAUUCAUGCAGGAAGCAACAUUGAUCCCGUAGUUGUAGGACAUCAUGGCGAGCAACCCCUAAUGACACCACCUCCAGUAAGGAUCAGCCCAGGCAACGAAUAUCAAAAUACCCCAUUUUCAGUAGCUUCUCACUUUGAACAGGAACCAAUUCUUAUGGCAAAGGACAAAAAGCAACAUCCAAAGCUUCACUUCCCAUAUAACAUCGAAAAACCGGAUCCAUACUCUCUCAUCGAGAUAGAAAGCGAAUCGAAGAACCGCGUGCCGGAAUUUGUUGAAAAGAAACCGGAUACCGUUUAUAACAUCGGCGAGGAACCAGUCAGCAAGGAGCAACCGGAUGACUCCGUAAUUUCGACCAAAUUGCAACGAGUCACAGAAAGCACGCCGAUUGCCAUCGCGUACACACCAACGGAAUCCAACCAGAAGUACAACUACAUCAAGCAUCCAAACUCGCCUUAUUAUUCGCCAUACGGUGAAACUCAAACUGAGGUGUCCUAUCUAAAGAUGGACGAUUUUGAUGAAUUUGGAAAUCCUGCCCACCACUACGAACAUAACUUCCAGGCACCGUUCCAGGCUAGCAUUAGCUUGGAUCCAGUGAAAGUUACCAACCCGUACGAAGGAUGGGCAGUUGUAACAUCGUCACCCCAGGCGUUAGUCAAAGAACAAAAUAAAAUUGAUCGGAGCGAUGAUCACCAUUCAGAAGAGAAUGAUGUGUCCACGAAUAAACCCUCCGAAAAGGGCGGUUUCCAACCUGAACUGCAGGGAGGCUUCCGACCUAUCUACGCAGAGGACGUCAAGCUAAGCGAAUUGAUGAACCCGGAUCCGCAGUCCAAAAAUGCAUUCUUUUUGGAGAGCGAAAGUGAGCCUGAGCGGCCGAAAAAGCAUGAGUCGAAACAGACGCAAGAGAAAGCUGAACAUAUCGAAAGAAAACCAGACAGAAAACCGAUAUUAGAUAGUUUGGAAGCAUUUUUCGAUAAUUUGACUAAGGAUUAUGACGAAAACACAGAAACGACUGGACUAGGCGAUGAAAUGGAUGUAGAUGAGAGUACUGCUAAAACUUCCAACGAACUAGAGGGAAGGAGCAAUGAUAACGUCAUCAGCGAAAUAAACACAGACGAAGGGAGUACGGACGAACCAUCAAGCAAUAAACAAGCGAGUAAUGUGAAAGAAGAGAGCUCAAAAGAAUGAGAUGAAUAGAUUAGUGUUUGAAGGGUUUAAUUAUAUUGGCUAAAGUUUUUUCUGAAACACAUUCGCCAAACAAAAGCAACUAUUCGAUGCGUUGCCUAUUUGAUAAAGUGCAUUUUGAGGUUACAGUGAUAAAAAAAUCUCACAUAGUAAAGCUAGAUUUUACUAAAGAAAAUCGAUAUCUUGAGUAUCUAAUGUUAAGUGCAAAUCUUUAGGCGCGAUUAAGCUUCCUACAUCCUUCACAACAAACCAAACAAUACUACAUUCCACAAGUCCUAUCAGCAAAUCUUUUCGAAUAUUCGAAGAAAGGGUAUAUGAGCGUGAAAACAUAAAAGAAGCUAGUCAGCUAAACUUAAUAUUAGAUACUUGAUAAACCAAUUAACUAAUAAACAAAACAGCAAGAAACAUUCCGAACCUAUGCCUUCUCCGCACCCUCAAUUGUAUAGUUGUUAUUAUUUUCUAAAUUACUUGUAAUUUUAGACUGAUAAUGAUGUAUAGAAAACUGAAAGGACGAGAAUAAAAUUUUCAAAUAACGAAUAAUAGAAUAAGAAACAAAGCUGCAAAGUUAAAAUCGAAUGUACGCAGUGAGAAUAAAAGAAAGUAACAACAUGAAGUAAGCGCAUAACAAAUUGAAAUGUCAUGUUGUUUCAAACAGUGGUGUGAAUUAUUUAACAAAAAUUACAGUUAAGCGGAAUGUGUAGUGAGCGUGUUUUCGAAAUAAUUUCCAUUUCUGUUUUCCACGUAUGUAGUUUCAUUUCUUCGAAUAAAAAUAUUUUAAACGUGUUUAUUUUGAGUAAAGACAGAAUCUUCGGAAAUACAAAAAACUAUUAUCGCUUUGAUUCAUAUUCCGAACAUGACACAUAUCUCGAGCAUUCGCUAACUCAAAAACCAUUUCAACUUUAUUCGCGAUAUUAAUUGCAUGAGAUCUCGAAUACGUUUAUAAUCUUGAUUCUGCAUACUAAAGGUUUAAAUGUGUUAAUACACCAGCCAGGGUUCGGAGUAUGAGUCAUGUUCGGGAGUAGGUUCGAAACUGUAUUCAGAAAUUAAAAACACGAUCACUAUCUUUUCGAGUAAAGCAAGAUUUUGGAAUUCAAUUCAACUUAAAUGUGUGGAAAAUGAUGAACAAAAAGGGAACAGAACACCAAUCUAGCACGAGUUCAUAAAAAAAAAACAAAAAUGUGUUGUAUUGCAUUACUCAAAUUCAAGGAAGUAGCAUUCGAUUCGAACUACAAAUAAUCUUAAUGAAAUCCUAUAAAAUAAAUUAUACAGCAUGUUCCGAAUCAAAGUUGAAUUCAUUAGUAUUUAUAUAUGUGUUUGGCUAUAAUUUCAUAUUCAACUUUAGCAAUGACAGUGUCAUCACGAAUAUUUCCAAAAUAUUCGUCUUUCUAAGCUCAAAAUGGAUGUCUGUUCUCUAUACGCAUAAUAUAAAAACAUGAAGCCUUGAACGAGGUUCUAAUAGAAACGAAGACAAUCAUCAAAAUAAGUGAAAAAUAGUUAGGAACGAAAGAGCUAAAACUUCAAAACUACCGUGCUCUCUUCUUUCCAAUGCUCGUGUGCUUUAUCGAACGAUGUUCUUGGGCUCGAUGAAAAAUCGACGAAAUGUGAAGACAGUAUUUCAAACAGCUCAACAAUUCUGCCGACUGUUGUAAAUUUACGGUAUAAUUUAUUGCAUUAGACAUGAGAAAAAAAAAUCUUUAUUUAUUUAUCUAUUUAUGUACGUAUUAUCGACAGGAACUACAGACGAAACCUUACUUUUCUAGAGGAAUCAGUAUCACUAAAUUACCUCAAUAACAAAACAAUACGAUGAGUAUGAUGCAGAGAUUGACAUGUAGGUUUUAAUUAUUAAAUAAAGUGGUAAUAAAAUG